AUGUCGUUAUCAAAAACUGCUAUACAAUUGAGUCGUGAACCUGAAAACUUGGGAAACCUUAACAGAACAAUGGUUGUUUUUGCAAUCGACCCGGAGAAGAAGAAUGCUAAGAUACCUACCGAAAUUGAGAGUCUGAUCAAGGCAGCUUUUGUUACACUGGUCGAAAACCAGUUCCCUUUCCGCUUAACUGAGUCUUUGUUCGGAUAA